AUGGCCAGCGAAAUCACCGAGCACGACCAGAACGCGUCGCCCUCGCUGCACGACGACGGCAACGGCCAGCUGAAUGCUGACGCCAACCGCGGCACCAAGCGCCCGCGCCCGGCCGCCGAUGACGACGACGACGACGACGACAAGCCCGGCCGCGAGCGCAGGAAGAUCGAGAUCAAGUUCAUCCAGGACAAGUCGCGUCGCCACAUCACCUUCUCGAAGCGCAAGGCUGGUAUCAUGAAAAAGGCCUACGAGCUGUCCGUCCUCACCGGCACCCAGGUGCUGCUGCUCGUCGUCUCGGAGACGGGUCUCGUCUACACCUUCACGACACCGAAGCUGCAGCCGCUCGUCACCAAGCCCGAGGGCAAGAACCUCAUCCAGGCCUGUCUGAACGCACCUGAGCCCUCCAGCGGCGAUGCCAACGGCGUCGAGGACAACCAGGUCGACUCGCCCGAGGACAACCACGCGCAAAUGCCACCCGGCCAGCCCCGCGGCGUCCCCAACAACAACGCCAUCCCCCAGGCUUACAUGACACCAGAAGCCGCUCUGCAGUACCAAAACUACCUCCAAGGCCACCAGCAAUCACAGCAGUACCCCAUGGCCCAGCACGGCAUGCCCCGCCAUCCCAGCCAGCACUAUCCCCAGGACCAGAAGCUCGGCUAA